GUUACAUUCUUGAGGGCGUCGUUGCAUGUUUAUCUACGUGCAACUCUAUUUUUAUCGAAUACUCGUUCCCAGCGACGAAACCAUGACAGUUUUGAGGCAGUGAGCGAGUUUUACUGGGGCGUUGGGGGGUUAGUGUAAGGGGAUAAAGUCUGGUUUUUAUUUAGUUGUAGCAAUUGAAUAGAGUAAAAAUUUCUUAUAAAUAACCGUUGCUAGGCACACAAAGUUGCAUGGUCAAUUUCUCUAGGAUAAUAGGUCGAAUAGCAUGUGGAAAACUGUUGUAAGUGAUAAAAGUAAGGCUACCUUGAUGGCGCAGAAAAGCACGAAACCCAAGCCGAAAAAAGCUUACAACGCGACCAUGAGGAGACUGAGCCAGUUCGACGGCCCAAACGUAUCCAACACAGCCCGUCUAUCGCUGGCAGAGGAUCUCAUCCCGAAGGUUGUCGACAUGAGCUUAUUAGUGGGACCCGUCUACGAUUCGACCAGGAGUAGGCAGGGCGUCAUCAAGGAACAGCUCGGGGACAUCACACAGAGGCUCCAUAAGACUCUACACCAGUAUGACGUCAUGGAUGAAGUAGAGCGCAGUCCUCCGCGGCUGGAAAUCUUGGAAAAUCUCACCAGGAAUAUUGACAACAUCGACCGAGAGGAGUUGAAAGGUCAUCUAGAAGGCUUCAUGACCGGGUAUAGGGAUUUGACCUCUAAUUUUGAGGAGAGCAACAAGGAGAGAGAAGAGCUUCUUAUGCAGGUUGCAGAUUGGAUGACAACUGAUCACACCGAUUUGGACGAUUUAAAAAUGUCAUUCGAUGAGAACGAGGCUUCAGAGAUCAAUUCAGAGUAUAUCAAUACUGUGGCUGACCUAGAAAAGUUAAAGUCGCUCAAAGAGGAAAUCGGAAAAUGUGACUUCAACGGCAAAAACACAAAGUUUCUUGAACAGGAGAAGAAGCGUCUAGAGAAAAGUGUGAUGGGGGGCCUUGCUGAAAUGAAGCAAAGAUCUGGGGAGAGUAAGCCCAACGAGGACGCCCACUGGAAACAUUCUGCUGGAGAGGUCGUUCAGCUUCUCAACAAAGUCCGGCUGGAAAAUUCGGAUGAGAAAGAAGCACUGGCCAAAAAGUUGACUGAGCUGUUGACUCACAGAGACCGCCAACAGAUCCAGAUGAAAAGUUUGCAAAGUGAAGUAAAAAGAGAAAAAAAUGUGGCAGCUCACCUUGCUGAUGAUAAUGCAGACCUCACUAAGGAGCUGAUGCAGCUGAGGGCUAAACUCGUCAAAUACGAGAAAGACCUGGAGCAUGCCAAAAAGGUGAUAGAGAGGCAGCUCUCUGACUUGAGUACAUUUGACGAUGAUUCUGACGACUCCUCUACCAGUGUUGACAAGUCGGCGUCAGAAAUCCUCCAGGAAACAGAAAGCUAUACCUUACGAGAGACAAGCAGCGACCCCGACAUUCUAAGGUCAAGUCUUAGGGAACUCAAGGAAAACGUAGAAGCCCUAACAAAGGAACUUCGCAAAGCUGCAGAACGAAUGAAGGAAGUGGAGCUGAUGAACAUGGAGUUAGAGGAUAAGGUAGAGGAGUUAGAAAACAGACCACCAGAAAUCAUCACAGAGACCACCACUAUCUUCCAAGAAGUAAUUGUUACCAAGGCUCCAAGUAAUUGUGAGUGUCAUCUACCAAAGGUCGAAAAGAAACCAUCAGUUAACUUGGAGCUCGUUGCUGCCAAGGAGGAGAUCGAGAAGCUGACUGAGAAAAAUCAAUUUUACAAAAAGGCUCUAUAUGACACGGAGAUAAAACUCAGUGAUGCAUACAAGGAGAUCGCUGAGCUUCGUGUUUUGGUGGACAAGAUUGAGAGUUCAGUAGUCGAAAAGCAGUCACCUGUUCAACCCCCUCCUUCCCCUGAGCUAGUGGAGGAGGAAGAGGAAGUUGUGGAAGAGGAGGUUGAGGUGGCGGUACCAGAGGACGUACCAGCAGAAGCACCCAAGACUGUUGUUCAGAUGAAGAAGGGGUCCAUUGAGGAGCCACCCAAAGUUAAGCCAAAGCAGGCCCCCCCAAAACCAAAGCCAGUCCGCAAACACGUGGCUAGGAAACCUCCUACGAAGAAAAGCACCCUGCCUCCGAUUCGUCAGAAGAACCCUCCUCCACCCAUGCCCGACUUGGAUGAGAUAGCUCGCUCUGAGCGGGAACAGGUCCUGUGGACGGUUGGAGAGCUGCAGUCCAUGAUGAAUGGAAUUGUUCAGGAUAUUUUGGAGUUUUCAACAUCGGUAGGCAACAUGAUAUACAAGGAGAAGGAAGGGGAUCAAAUACAGCAGCCAACACUGAAAACGUUUGAUUUUGGUCAAAACCCAAUCGCUGGAAAAGGCAAAGGAAAGCAACCAAUCACUGACCGCAAAGAACUGGAGGCGAAAGACAAGAAAAGUCAGGUGUUCUUCCUUGGCCAAAAAGCUGUGGGCGUUAUACGGGAAAUCUACGACAUCCUGUCUAAAUCUCUAGAUUUGUUGCAUGAAGAAUUUGAGAUGAUAUAUCGGUCCUUCAAGGAGAUUCAGCAAGGUAAAGCCCUGCAGAAAGCACUUUUGUCCGGCCAGCUGCCAGACCACAUAAAACUCCCAGGACAUGAGAAGGCCGGAGGACCAGGCAAUGCUAGUAUGAAGUUCCAUGGAGCCACCAUGGAGUCAGUUCUGAACUACUAUGUCCAGGCGUAUGGACAACUGAAGAAGACUCCGGAGAAGAAACGAGGUGGUGGCUAUGUAGUGUCGGAGACCACGGAACAUCGAGCCAAGUCUGUCUCCGUGACCAGUGUAACAGGAGACAUGUCGCCUAGUACAGUGCAGAAUGCUGUCAUGGUCCUCGGAAUUCAUCGGUCAAAAUCAGAGGUGGAUAUCAACAGUGUGAUCUCUAAUGAUUCUGCUACCUCUAUGAAGCGGUCACAGACACACCUAUUUGUGUCAACAAAGGUUGGCGAACACAUUAAACCGGAGAUGUUUUCCUUGCCACGCGAGGAGGCAAGACUUGCUACAACAACUUUACCCAAGAAAGGUCUGAUCAAACUUACGGCCCUUGAAGAUGAGCUUGAGGGAACUUUUAAUUUUGGAAUACACAAUGGACGCGAUGAUACAUCUGACAUGGAGGAGAUAGAGCGCCAAAGACGUAGGCACAGUGCGUCCCAGGGCAAACACAAAAUGCUGUUCCGGCGCAAGAAUAUCCAGGACCAGAUUAUAGCAGGAAAUCAACUCCUGGAGGAAGAGGAAAGACAGAAAGAGGAACAGGUGGACAUGGAUAAAGCACUAGAGGAAUACACAAUGGGGGAACUAUCUCAAAACCUCACACAGUUUAUUGGUAGCAGUAAAAAGAAAACUGGGUCAAGUGUUGCAACUGUAAGGUCAAAGGGCAAAGUGUACGAACAGGUCGAGGAACCUAAGCAGCAAAGGACAAUAACUCUGCCUGCUAUUAACACACUAAAUAUCAAUGUGUUCGGGAGCUAGUGGUGUGAACACGUGGAUAUUCCAAUAAUAAUGUUGACAACAGCAGUGUGAACUUUUAUUAAGUACACCAAUCAAAUCUGGAUUUUGCACCUCAUGUUAGUUGGGGAGAUUACUUUACGCAAUAUUUUACUGCCAGUACUAGCACAACUGACCUGAUGGGAACCUUUCUAGAACAACUUCAACUGUGAUUACAAAUUAUUACAUACAAUUCAUAGUGUGUGCAUUUCAAAAUGGUAUUUCGGAUCCACAGUGAGAAAUUUAACACAUAUCAUUGUUUGAAACUGGUCAAAAUGUUCAAUUUUUCGGGUACUUUGUAGUUAAUCAUGAGAAUUUCUUUUCUCCCAUUACAUCUAUUUAAACGAUUGUUUCUUGAAAUAUUUUUAUACUAGGAUUUCAGUAAUCUUAGAUGAUAUUAUUGUUCAGUUAUCUGCAAUCAACAUGGUAAGGUGUUGUUGAGGUCAGGGUCACUGGGGGGUGAGGUCAGUAAGAAUUAAUCUUGGCACUUUUAGGGGUCAAAGGUCAUUUAUCCAUUUAUUGUAUUUAUUCAAAGAUCAACCACUAAAUACUUUGGUGUUUUUUCAGGAUGUUUAUUGAACAUUUGUUAAAAGUUCAUACCAAAAAGACACAAUUUUAGGAGAGGAGUUUUAUCGUCAGAUAUGUAAGGAUUCAGGAAUUUCAGAUUUUUGGAGGAAUGUUCCAGAAUUUGGUAUGGAGUUUAAAAUAUUUUGACGUUCAUUUAAGGGGUCUGGUUGAGGGAGCAAUGAAGAAUUUUGUUAUACAGGGAUUCUGAAACUUUUUAGUGAUUAUAGUUUCUUUUACAUAGAGAGUCUUCUCCUAAUCUUUGUUUUAGUAGGAAUAAGUUAGAAAAAUAAGGGGUUAAGUUUUUUAUUUGAAGAAUUUAAUGGCAUUUUGAGUGAAUAAUUUAAACUGUUUAGAAGUACAUCAUGAUAUAGAGUUAAUUUGUUGUAUAUAUAGAUUUAAUAUGUGAAGCUUGAUGUACUAUAUUGAGUUUUUU